AUGAAACAAUGUGGAAUUCUUCGCUUAGCUAGUGGUAUUCGUGUUGGCUAUGUAUCUGGUAAAUUGGAUGACAUUGAGUCUCACCUGGGAAAGGUUUUUGCAAAUCAGCUCCUGGACAUCCUUAUAACUUACCAAUGGCCGACUACCAUUGCCAAAGAAGAGAAACUGUCUCUCGUGGGAGAUUCUAGAUUGAAUGAUCUGCUCGAAUGGACUCGUCCUCGAUAUUGGUUCUGUGUCGGCUCUGAGAGAGGCAAAUAUUUUGAGCGAUUACCAUUUAAGUGGGAAGACGACCGUGUGACAAGAUUCAUCAGUCUGGGACAGCAAGGGACGCAAGAUAAGUGGUACUAUGCUUUCAACUUGAACCUUGAUCCUCUAAUGGAUAAAGAGGGAGUGGUGAAAUUUGGGGAGAAGCCACGAAUUAGCCAAGAAGAAGCCCCUGUUGAAACCGAUAAUCGUAAAAGGAAGUUUGAAGGCUCUGAGGUGAAAGUUAAGCGAGAGAAGAAAAUGGUUGCUCCCGAGAAUUGUUUUUUCUGUGUCUCCAAUGCUAAGGCUGAACUACACAUGAUCAUAUCUAUUGCAAACUACUCUUACAUGACUGUUGCUAAGGGGCCCUUAACUACGAGAGAAAAGUUGGGAUUUUCAGGUCAUGGCUUAAUCAUCCCAAUUGGUCAUUAUCCCACAUUUAGUAUAUACAGAGAUGCUGAGGAGCCUGAUAAGAAAGUUGAGGAGACCGAGUUGUUCAAGGAGGUCGAGCAAUACCAGAAGUCCGUCGUCUCUAUGUUUAGUUCUUUGGGCGACUACAGAGUGGUAUUCUGGGAAAUUUCUAGAGCAAACGCCAUUCAUCAUCACAUUCAAUUCGUUCCCUUGGAAGCAAAACUUGAGGAGCAUUUUGAGACACAGAUGAAAAAACAGAUUGCAUAUAAUCAGAAAAAAUAUGGCUCCAAUCUGGUCUACACCAAAGACAUGGAAUCUGAGAAGCUUUCCCAACUGAUAAACAGCGGUGAUUAUAUGCAGAUUCGCAUAGUUGGUCCAGCUUCUGAGACCAGGUACGUGUUUGAGCUGAUCGAAGAUAACGUGGAUCUCCAGUUCCCGCGCAGAGUUCUGGCGUUUCUAAUGAAGUUAGGCCGCAGAGUUAUUUGGGAUAAAUGCAGAGAGACUUUGUUGGAGGAAGCGUCUCAAAAGGAUGCGUUCCGGGAAAAGUUUCAGCCGUUUGAUUUCUCCAAAGAAAAAAAUAAUUCAUAA